AUGAACUCGAAUUCUCCGUCAACGAGUACGGGAGGACCUGGAUCAGCCGAUUCAACAGCGCCCAGAAGGAAUUCCAAGCGACCCAAAUAUUCAAAGUUUACUCAACAAGAACUUCCAGCAUGCAAGCCUAUUCUAACACCUAAAUGGGUGAUUUCAGCUUUCUUGCUUGUUAGCAUAGUCUUUAUUCCCAUUGGAAUUGUCUCGCUAUUCGCUUCCCAGGAUGUUGUUGAAAUUAUUGAUCGAUAUGAAACUGAUUGCAUUCCUUUAGAUUCAAGAAAUGAUAAAGUUAGAUUUAUACAAAGCCCAGUAGAUAAAACCUGCAACAGAAGUCUGACAGUUCGCAAACACAUGAAACAGCCCAUUUAUGUAUAUUAUCAGCUUGACAAUUUCUACCAGAAUCAUCGCAGGUAUGUGAAGAGCCGAAGUGAUCAGCAAUUGAGAAAUCCAGGAAAUGAGGAUGACACAAGUGCCUGUAAGCCUGAAGAUACUGCCCAUGGGAUGCCAAUUGUGCCUUGCGGUCUUAUAGCCUGGAGCCUGUUCAAUGAUACUUACGACUUCACCCGCAACAACCAGCCGGUGACCAUAAACAAGAUAGGUAUCUCGUGGAAGAGUGAUAGAGAUCACAAAUUCGGCAAAAAUGUCUACCCAAAGAACUUUCAGAAUAAUACUCUAGUCGGUGGAGCACGUCUUGAUGCAAAUAAAUCAUUGAGUGAGCAAGAGGACCUUAUUGUUUGGAUGCGAACUGCAGCACUUCCAACUUUCAGAAAACUGUAUGGGAAAAUAGAGGUGGAUCUUCAGGCCGGCGAUGUCAUUAAUGUGGAAUUGCAAAAUAAUUAUAACACUUAUAGUUUCAAUGGCAAGAAGAAACUCGUCCUUUCUACCACGAGCUGGCUUGGAGGAAAGAAUGACUUUCUUGGUAUUGCAUAUCUUGCUGUGGGUGGUUUGUGCUUCUUUCUCUCCAUGGUUUUCACAAUUAUUUAUCUGGUUAAGCCAAGGAAACUUGGAGACCCAUCUUAUUUGUCAUGGAACCGCAACCCAGGAGGUCGCUAA